AUGAAUCCUGAAGACGACAACGCACGUUCGGGGGACUCGAAAUCCGGGGGGCGUCCCUCCCGCUCAGUAAACGUCGCCCGUGCGGCGCAUCCCGAGCGCUCGGCGACAUCCACAAGCUCGGUGCGGGACACAAGCGCGGCGCCCUCAGCAUCCCGGGGGCGCACUGCACCCACGCUCAAGCCCACUGCACAACCCGCGAUCCCCAGCCAACGGGAGAAGGCGGCCAUACAAAAGCGUGCUGAGGGCCGCACCAAAGUCCCGCCCAAAUUCAGGAACAGCCUCAAGCGUUUUCUCUUCUCGCCCACAGGAAUCUUGAAGAUCAUUAGGCUGGGCCUUCUCAUAAGGGCACUAGUUUGUUUCAUCAUUGCUGAAGCCCAGGAGUCCUAUAUAGCAAUCACAGUCCUGGAAACCUGCAUCGUUCUUUUUUUCAUUCUAAUAUAUAUGCUAACCCUUCACCACUUGAUGACUUAUUUACAUUGGCCCUUACUUGAUCUUAUCAACAGUUUCAUUACUGCUGUGUUCCUUUUCGUAGUUGCCAUCUUGGCGAUGCUAGAAAAGGAAAGAAGUCAUUUAUUCUACGUUGGAGGGUCCCUGUGCCUCACAGCGGCAAUCGUGUGUCUCAUCGAUGCGACUGUGGUCACCAAGACGAUGAGGAAUACCAUGAAAAAAGCUCUGGGAAUCGAAACCAAAACCAGUGCCUCCCCCGCCCAGGAACCCAUCUCACCCACAAGGUCCCGUUACAUUCUGAGGCGAGUGCCAAUGCGCCCGCGGGGCUCUGGGCGCGACUGCCCCGGGAGGCCACGGUUUCAGCCAACCCGACCCGAAGGCGGGAGCAGCGGCUACAGCCCCCGGCAGCCCCCAGAGGCCUCGCGUGGGGAGCGCUCCGCGUGGAGGCGGGACCACCACCGGAGCCGGCGUGGGGGCGGGGGCUCCCGCGCAGGGUCUGGGCGGCCGCGGAGACUCCAGGCGCUUCGCUGCCGGGCGUGGGGGCGCGGCUGGGCGGAGGGGACUCGCUUGCGGAGGCUAGGCGCGCGCCGAGAGGGCGCGAAGCGCUGGCCUUCGCUCGUCCUUCCCGGCCGUUGGCUGAGCGCGGCCUCCAAGCAGGUCGGUGGGCAUCCGGCUCGCUCAAAGGCCAGGCCUGGCCGGGGACGGCAAAAAUUGGGCAGGCCGUGA